AUGGAACACUCCUCUCAUGGUGCGUGUAUACGCAUCGACGACACCUUUGGUCCGCAUGCGGGGCCCUGCCGUGGCGGGUUUGACUUCACCCUUCUCUUCGAAGAGGUUAUUCUCACUCUCCUCCCGGCGGGGAUCAUACUUUUGGCGCUACCAUUCCGUCUCUGGUACCUGGCCCAGCGCGUGAAAAAGGUCCAAGGAAACAGCCGCUCGCUGACGGCUAUUAAGUUGUUGUCUUGGGCAGCUCUGGGUGCACUGCAGCUUGCUGCAUUGAUUCUUUGGGCGACCCCGUCCGCCGCUAGAACGCAGACCACUUUGACCGCCGCGGCGCUUGCUUUGGUAGCCACCCUUGGACUUGCUCUCCUUUCAUACGCCGAGCACACACGGAUUGUACGACCUUCAUCUAUCGUGAACACCUUCCUGUUCGCUACCCUCUUGUUCGACAUUGUCCAUGUGAGGACCCUGUGGCUGCGUGCGGCCACACAUGUGGAAGACAUCAUCUCGUACCUGGCUACGGCCGCGGCCGCAGUAAGGGCAGCCCUCGUCGUACUCGAGGCUCUAGAGAAACGCCGCUCGCUUCGUCCCGAGUACCAGGCAUACCCGCCCGAGGCAACCACCAGUAUUUACAACAGGACCUUCUUCUGGUGGCUCAACCCUCUGUUCCUUCAGGGAUUUCGCCGCGAGAUCGAUGUCGAUGACCUCUUUGUGCUUGACAAGCAUCUCAAGGCGUCAUACGGUUACCAGCGGUUUUACACGACCUGGACCUCAAUUGUCAACAAAUCACCAUACUCCCUUCUUGGCGCAUCAUAUGGCAUUCUCAAAUGGCCCGUUCUGCAAACCAUUCCGCCCCGAGCGUGCCUCACUGCGCUAUCUUUUUGCCAGCCAUUUCUCAUCAAUCACGCAAUCGCGCUUUCUGAGCAACCGGUCAACGAUGACACCACCCAAAGGGGCUACGGCCUUGUCGGGGCGUACAUUUUUGUGUACGUCGGUAUUGCCAUUACCAUGGGCCAAUAUCAGCACCGCACCUAUCGCACCAUUGCCAUGCUCCGCGCUGGCCUAAUCUCCAUCAUCUACCGCAAGACUGGGAGCUUGAGCCUCAAGGACAUCGAUCCCGCGGCGUCUAUGACGCUGAUGAGCGCUGACAUCGAGCGCAUCGUGCAGGGGUUCCAAACGAUGCACGAGAUCUGGGGCAAUGCCAUCGAGGUUGGAGUCGCCAUUUACCUCUUGGAGCGACAAUUAGGUGUCGCCUGCGUUGUGCCUGUUGCGGUAUCAAUCACUUCCCUUCUUGGGUCUAUCUUCGCCAUGAACUUUAUCAUGUCCCGCCAAGCGAUGUGGCUCGAGGCUAUUGAGAAACGUAUCUCGGCAACAUCUGCCAUGCUCUCGUCCAUGAAGGGCGUCAAGAUGUGCGGUCUCAAGGAUACUCUGCUCACUAACCUACAGCAGCUGCGGGUGGAUGAGAUGCGCAUCUCCAAGAAGUUCCGGAGGCUUCUUAUCUGGAACAUGAUCUUCGCGUACCUUACUCAGGUGUUUGCGCCUGUGCUCACAUUCACUGUCUUCUCGGUCCGCGCCCGUGACACCGGCGACACGACCUUGGACACUGCACGGGUCUUUACCGCGCUGUCUCUCUUUGCACUCCUUUCGGAACCCCUGGCGUCCCUGGUCAUGGCACUCGCUGCUUAUCUCGGCGCUGUGGGUAGCAUCGUCCGCAUCCAACAGUUCCUUGAGUCCAAGGAGAAGACAGAGACCCCCAAACCAGAAGACUUUGGCGAGAAGCCCAUGAUCGAUAACUCCGCCGCCGAGGCCGUUGUCGUCCAGGGUGGUAAUUUCGGCUGGGAUUCUGAAAAGGAGCCACUCCUGAAGGAUGUCAACUUGUCCAUCCCAUGGAGGAAGUUCACCAUGAUUGUCGGGCCCGUAGGCUGCGGCAAGUCAACACUGCUCCAGUCGCUUCUCGGAGAGGUCCCCGCCCUCUCAGGCUCGGUGUGUCUUGGGACCACCAGCAUUGCCUACUGCUCGCAAGACCCUUGGCACAUGAACGGCACCAUCCGGGAAGCCAUCAUUGGUUGCGAGGAGCCCGACGAGUUGUGGUACGCCCAUGUCGUGCACGCCUGCUCCCUUCGGCGGGAUUUCCGAGAACUUCCCUUGGGCGAUUCCACUCGCAUUGGUAGCGGUGGUGUGGCUCUAAGUGGUGGACAGAGCCAGCGGAUUGCCCUGGCUCGUGCGGUGUACGCCCGAAGGAAAAUCGUUAUUCUAGACGAUGUUCUUGGCGGGCUGGAUAACACGACCGAGAACCACGUCUUCCACAACCUUCUUGGCGACAAAGGCCUGCUUCGUGAGAUGAACUCCACCGUUCUUAUUGUCUCAUCGUCUGUCAAACGCCUGCCCUAUACGGACCACAUCGUAUGCAUCAGUGCCAACGGAGAAAUCGACUCCCAAGGCACCUUUGCGGAGCUCAACAGCGCUGGUGGCUAUGUUUCAUCGUUUUGUCUGCCCCAGGCCAACUGGGUGUACGUCCCCGAGAGUGAUGAUCAAACGAUGCAGCUUGAUCUCCUCAAAACUCCUGAAAAGGCUGUCACCAUCAUCCAGCAAGUUAAGGAAGGGGAGUCCACCGAGUCUUUGGCUUCGAGUGACACAGCGUGUCCGGUCGAGGGCGAAGAUGGAAUGAGUCGCCGAACAGGUGAUGUGCAGGUUUACUUUUACUACAUCAAGACGGUCGGCUGGUGGGCCACCCUCUUGUUUGUGCUCUCCAUUACCGCCUUCGUCUUCUGCAUGUCAUUCCCGACUAUCUGGGUGCAAUGGUGGGCGGCAUACAACGAGGACAAUCCCAACGGCGAGCUUGGAUAUUGGAUCGGUAUCUACGCGAUGCUGGGCGGUGUCGCCCUUGUUUGCUUGUUCAUCAGCUGCUGGUCUCUGAUCAUGACUAUGGUGCCUUUGUCGGGAGAGAAGUUCCACUUGGAAUUGCUCAAAACGGUUCUUAGCGCGCCCAUGUCCUUCUUUGUCAAGACCGAUUCUGGCGUCACGCUGAACCGUUUCAGUCAAGAUCUGCAGCUCAUCGACAUGGAAUUACCCGUUGCAGCUCUCAACACGUUUGCGACAUUCAUUCUCUGUCUUGCACAGAUGGCUCUCAUCGGAUACGGCUCCGUUUACGCGGCCAUCUCGUUCCCCAUUGUGCUUAUAUCGCUGUAUCUCAUCCAAAAGGUGUACCUCCGCACAUCCCGGCAGCUCCGUCUGAUGGACCUUGAGACCAAGGCCCCUCUGUAUUCGCUAUUCGAAGAGUCACUCAGUGGCAUUGCUACCAUUCGCGCUUUCGGUUGGCAAGACAAGCUGAAUGACAGGAACCACCAACUCUUAGACCGGUCGCAACGCCCCUUCUACCUCCUCUUCGCAGUCCAGCGUUGGCUUACGAUGGUCCUCGACCUUGUUGUUGCCGCCAUCGCUGUCUUGCUUAUGGUACUGGUGGUCCAGCUCCGUGGUACGAUGGCUGCGGGCGGUGUCGGUCUUGCGCUGCUCAACGUGAUUCAGUUCAGCCAGAACAUCAAGCUGCUCGUCACCUUUUGGACCACUUUGGAGACGCACAUUGGUUCGGUGGCUCGUAUCAAGAGCUUUACCCAGACGUCGGUGCCCGAGGAUCAGCCAGAAGAGACACAACAACCCCCUCCAGGGUGGCCUAGCGCCGGAGCCAUUGAGUUUGACAACCUAUCGGCAGCUUACAACCGUGAUAAUAUGGUCUUGAAACAGGUGAACCUGUCCAUCAAGGCUGGGGAAAAGAUCGGUGUGUGCGGGAGGACUGGCAGCGGCAAGACCUCCCUCAUCAUGACACUUUUCCGCCUUGUGGAUAUGAAGGGGGGUGCCAUCCGCGUCGACGGAAUUGAUGUGUCUCAGCUCCCGAGGCAAGAGGUCCGAAGCAAGAUCGUCGCCGUGCCACAACAUCCCUUCCUUCUCAAGGGUUCCGUUCGCCUCAAUGCGGAUCCAAUGGGGCAAGUUGGGGAUGACCACAUUCUUUCCGCACUUCAAUCUGUGCAGCUUUUGACAACGGUCGAGAAGAAUGGGGGCUUGGACGCUGAUGUCGAUGACUUGAACUUGUCAAUCGGCCAGAAGCAGCUGUUCUGCCUUGCUCGAGCAAUGCUACGGCCUAGCAGUAUUCUCAUCCUCGAUGAAGCGACUAGCAGUAUUGACGCGAAAACGGAGGAGGUCAUGCAACGUUUGAUUCGCCGGAAAUUCGCCAACCACACCAUUAUUGCGGUCGCUCACAGGAUUGAGACGAUUAUGGAUUUUGACAAGGUGGCAGUGCUGGAUGCGGGGCGGCUUGUCGAGUUUGACAAUCCUUACCGCCUCUUAGAAACUACAGGGUCUGCUUUCGGGAAAUUGUACAGUGCGGCGCUCCAAGAAGAGGAGGAAGAUCUGGAUAAGAAGCGAAGGUAG